AUGGAUCUUGCUAUCGCCAAUUAUGGUACAAACAAUGUUGGUAUACUUCUUGGAGCUAGUAACGGUACUUUCGCAAAUCAAAUUACAUUUUCAACUGGUCCUAAUUCCCAUCCAUACUCACUUGCUGUUGGUCAUUUAAACGAAGACACUAUGCUAGAUAUUGCUGUCACCAACUAUGGAAAUAACAGUGUAGGUGUACUUCUGGGCCGCGGUGAUGGGACUUUUAUGAGCCAAAUGACAUAUUCCCUCAGUGGUGCUUCUCCAUAUUCUAUUGGCAUUGGUGACUUCAACGAUGACAAUCGAAUGGAUUUAGUCGUAACCAAUAAUGGUAUUAACAAUACAGCUCUACUUGUCGGAUAUGGAAACGGUAUCUUUGCAAGCCCUAAAAUGUAUUCAACUGGAUCUUCUUCGUCCAUUUCCGUUGCCAUAGGUGAUUUAAACAGAGAUAAUCGUUUAGACAUUGUUGUCAUCAACAAUGAUACGAGCACCAUAAGUAUCAUGCUUGGUUAUGACGAGUUUUUUCCCAUUCAAACGAUGUAUUCAACUGGUAAUUCGCCAUGCUCUGUAGCCGUUGGUGACUUUAACAACGACACUCGAUUGGAUAUCGUUGUCGCUAAUCAAGUUGGAAACGUUGUAAGUGUACUUCUCGGAUAUGGAAACGGUUCUUGUGCAAAUCAAACGAAAUAUUCAAUUGGCUCUGGGCCCAGCUCUGUAGCUCUUGGGGACUUUAAUAAUGACACCCGACUGGAUAUCGUCGUUGCUAAUUAUGAUGAGAACACUAUUAGUGUACUUCUCGGAUAUGGAAAUAGCUUCUUUGCAAAUCAAACGAAAUAUUCAACUGGCUCUGAGCCACAGUCUGUAGCUGUUGGUGAUUUUAAUAACGACAGCCGGCCGGAUAUCGUCAUCGCUAAUUACGGUGACAACAAUGUAAAUGUACUUCUCGGAUAUGGCGAUGGCUCUUUUGCAAAUCAAACGAUAUAUUCAACUGGCUCUGGGCCCAGCUCUGUAGCUGUUGGUGACUUUAACAACGACACCUAUCUGGAUAUCAUCAUCACUAAUUUUGGUGACAACACUGUAAGUGUGCUUCUCGGAUAUGGCAAUGGCUCUUUUACAAAUCAAACGAAAUAUUCAACUGGUUCUGCAUCAUCAUCAGUAGUUGUUGGUGAUUUUAAUAACGACAGCCAACCGGAUAUCGUCGUUGCUAAUUUCAAUGACGCCAAUGUAAGUGUACUACUUCGGUAUGAUAGAGGAGCUCUGAAAGAAAAAAUCACGUUUGCAUCUGUCAUUGGUUCUCGUUUGCGAGACCUUGCCAUUUUUGAUUUCAAUAAUGAUAGCCUACUAGAUAUCGCCGUUGCCAACUAUGGUAUUAAUAACAUAGGUAUUCUUCUUGGACAUGGGACUGGUACUUUUGGAAACCAAAUGAUGUUUUCAACGGGCUUAAAUUCUCAUCCUUGCUCAAUCGUUAUCCAUGACUUCAAUAAAGACGGUCAAGCGAAUAUAGCUGUGGCCAAUUAUGGUACUGAAACCCUUGUUAUAUUUCUGGGAAAUGGGAACGGAACAUUUGAAAGUCAAGUAAGUUACAGUGUAAAUUUCGAUUUCGCUCCAUUGGUAGUUGGUGCUGGUAGUUUCAACAAAGAUGAACGUUCAGAAAUU